UUUCAAAUUUACGCUGUUUUGCAUUUGGUGUUUGGAUAAGUCGAAGCUUUCACUGCUUGUGGACUUGCCUGUUUUUGGGUCGACUGAAAUAAGGACUUUUUUUGGGAUUUUUUCGAGUUUUUUGUCUCACUAGUGUCUCUCGUUGCGGCAAAUUUCCACUCAUAUUUUUCAUACAAGGGCAAUGCGGUUGAAUGUGGGUCAAUGUUGCUCCAGCUUGGUUCAAGUAGGAGAGCAUUUUUGAUCAGAUAGUAGUUUUUUUCAGCGGCGCGUUUAUUCGGAUGGCUGAAAAUGGUAAAGUUUAUCAAAAAUUGACACAUUUGUGUGAGCUACCAAUUGGCGAGAACUGGUUUUCCGUCAUUUGCUCUAAUUAUUCCUGAAAUUUCAGUAUUUUUAAAGAAAUGACUCAUAGGGAAACUUACUAUUAAACGUUUCGUUCUUAUUUGCAAGAAAACAGUCUACUACAUUUACUCCUACUAUUAAAAUUCCGAUUUUUAGUAUAUUAAAAACACUUUUUCUUAAAGUACCGUUCAUUGAUUAGCGUCGUUAUGACAUAUUUUUCUGUUGACAUAGAAUUAGAAAUAAAAUGUCAAAACUGUUCACGAUGUCUGCUUUUUUUAGUGUUUUGCACCAGAAGUGGGGUUUCUAUACAUUUUAAUCACAAUUAUUCUUGAAAUUGAAAGAAUUCAGAUGAUCUGAGUUUUUUAUUUAUUUGUUUAUGAUUGUUGUUAGGAAUUUGUUUUUUUGACACUUUCAGUUUGAAAUUUGUUUGUCAUCAUUAUGUUUCAAAAGAUUUUAUUCUUUGCCCUGCUGUUUGGUCUCUGCAUAAAUGAUGAAGGAAAAUUUGACCCCACAAAAAUGGAUUAUUGUGACAGAAAAUGUCAGGAUAAAAAAUCUGUCGGUUGUGACUGUAAAACGAGAGGAACUCGGAAGGAAUUGCAAUUAGAAAAAAUCUCGGAUUUUCGACAACUAAUUGUGGAUAAACAUAAUUAUUGGAGAAAUUACCUCGCUUCUGGCAACGAAACGCGAAACUUUGCUAAAUCGGUGUCCGAUAUGUUGGUUAUGAAUUAUGACUUAGAACUUGAAUUUUUGGCAAGAUGUUACGGACGAAGCACAUAUGAUGGAGAUCACUCCUAUUGUAUAAAGUUGGAAAGAUCCCAAAAAGCAGCGCAGAAUACUUAUGGUUUACAUGGUUCGACGAACGAUCCUCUUAAGCUGACUCAAAAGGGGAUAGAAGCUUGGUUUGGGGAAGUCGCUAAUAUGGAGGAGAAUAUGUAUGGAAGCUUUCGUGUUUCAGCGAAGCCAACCGCAAACUUUAUGACAAUGGUUUGGGGAGACGCUAGCAGAGUAGGAUGUGCUGUGAUAUAUUCAUCAGAUACGAAAAAAGACAAAUACAAGUAUAAAGAUAUGGUAACAAGUCUCAUCUGCAACUACGCUAAAUCGAAGGGUUUUAAAAAAGACGUUCUCACUUGGGCGGCUCCGAUACAUACACAAGGACCACCUUGUACGAAAUGUCCUGACAUACCAAAAUAUAAUAAAUGUAACUCGAAGUACACCUCUUUAUGUGGAGAACUAGAACCGGUCCCAACAGAAAAACCCUGGAAUAUGGACAAAAAAAAAAAUAAGAGCUCUAUUUCAAAAAACAAUCUUUUUGGAGUGCUGGUUUUAGUUGUUUUAUUGUUGGUGUUUCUGUAAAACUGUUUGAAUUCAAUUCAUCAUCAAAAUUUUGAACACUUUUUUUUAGUAUUUCGGUUUUGACUUUUGCUUUUUUUGACACUUUUAUUACGAGAAAUUAUUGUACGUAUUUUGUAUUUAAAAUUUUGAAUAAAACAGUAACCAGUA